AGCGGCGUGGUUGCGGCAUGGCUGCACGAAAGAAAGAGGAAUCAUCAAAACAACGUUAUCAAGCGAACGCACGUGAAAGGGACCGCACUCAUAGGUGAAAAUAAUUUCUUUUUUUCAUCAAUCAUUAUCUUUUUUUAUUUCGUAUUAUUGUAAUGGACAUUGGUAUGAAUAACAAUUUUACUUAUUCAGGAUUAUUUAUUGUAUUGCGUACAUAUUUUUAAGCAUUCUGUUAAUCGUUUAAAAUACAAAUACCGAAGGACAUAUGUAAAGUCAUCGUUCUUUUUGCUGUUAAAUUAAUGAAAUGUACCGUAAAAACAUUGUUUAACACGAGAAUCGGUGUGCAAUAUUGUCAGUAUUCAAAAUUUGUCAAGAUUCCAGAAAUUUUGAUCUUCCUGUACAGUGUGAACACGGCUUUCAGUGCACUGAGGACGUUGAUACCGACGGAACCCGCGGAUAGAAAAUUGUCGAAAAUUGAAACAUUGAGAUUAGCCAGCAGUUAUAUUAGUCAUUUGGGUGCUGUACUCGUCGCCGGUCCCGUAGAUCAACCAUGUUCACGCGUCGAGGAUCCCGCUAAUGUUUAUGGGAAAAAUCAUUGGGCCGAUUCGCAAACAAGGCCGCAAGUUUGCACUUUUUGCCUUGCCAUGCACAAAAAAUAUAGCUUGAAUAUUUAUCCCGAGGUAAUUUCAAAUUACUACUAGAGUUGUGAGAGAGAGUGAUUUUUCAACGACGUACUUCGAUUAUAAGGAACCUGUAUAAAUCAUGUUAUAUAAGUAAAAUAAUUUAUUGUAUAUUUCUUGUAUAUACACGUGUCAAUGAGAUUAAUAAAUUUUUAUAUUAACUUGA